UGGAGGUUCCACUUCUCAUCUUCUCUCUCCUGAACUCUCUCAGACUCUCUCUCUCUCUUCAAUAUAUACUCCUACUUGUCUAGUGGUGCAAAAUUGGUAGAAGUUAGAGUUUGAGACAAAACCACCAAAACCCAAUGACGAGCCAGCUUGAGCCAUGGGCCCAAUUGGGCGACAAGGUGGUGAUGGUCACCGGCGCGUCGUCGGGCAUAGGCCGGGAAUUGUGUCUCGACCUUGCGAAUUCCGGCUGCAGGAUCGUCACCGCGGCUCGCCGGGUCGACCGGCUCGAGUCGCUCUGCGACGAAAUAAACCGGCUGCCCGGGUCGGCCGGGUCGACCCCGAGUCAGCUUGUGCCGCGGGCCAUGGCGGUGGAGCUCGACGUGAGUGCCGACGGGCCGGCAAUCGAGGCGGCGGUGCGGAGGGCUUGGGCCGCGUUUGGGGCCAUUGAUGCCCUUAUCAACAACGCUGGUGUCAGGGGUAGCGUGAAAUCUGCAUUGGAUUUAUCGGAGGAUGAGUGGAACAGUACAGUUAAAACAAACUUGACAGGAACAUGGUUGGUGUCAAAGUAUGUUUGCUCGCGGAUGCGUGAUGCUAAAAAGGGAGGAUCAGUCAUCAAUAUUUCCUCUAUUGGUGGUCUUAACCGUGGGCAUUUACCGGGCAGUCUAGCAUAUAGUUCUUCAAAGGUAGCCGUAAACCUGAUGACAAAGAUGAUGGCGAUAGAACUUGGGGCACACAACAUCAGAGUGAACUCGAUUUCUCCUGGACUCUUCCUGUCUGAGAUCACGGAGAAUCUUUUCCGGAGAGAAUGGUUGAAAAAUGUGGAAAUGAGAACUGUCCCUCUAAGAGACCAUGGCACAACAAACCCAGCACUGACGUCGCUCGUACGAUACUUGAUCCACGACUCUUCAGAGUACAUUUCUGGCAACAUUUACAUUGUUGAUGCUGGUGUUACCUUACCGGGUGUCCCGAUUUUUUCCUCGCUUUGAGUAUCUAUGUAAGUUUUAUCUACAGAAGAAUAAGAAUGAUCACUUGAAUUAGGGUUCAGGUUGAGAUAUUGGGUCCAAGUAUUCCCAGUUUACAUUUGUUUCCCAUUUGUAUUCUUGUUCUUCCCUUUGUAUGACGUUUUCCUCCAUCUAUGGAUAUUCGCAUCUUUCACA